AUUCCGUAAUGAAAAAUAUAUGUUGUCGCAACUAGAAUAUAUAUAUAUUGUUGUGACUGAAAAACGUAUGUCGGAGUGACCGAAAAAUAUAUGUUUACAUGAUUAGAAAAAUACAUGUUGUCGCAACCGAAAAGUAUAUGUUGCAUGAUCGAAAAAUAUAUGUUGGUGUGACAAGAAGCAACCUCUAUUUAAAAAUAUCUUUUCUUUUCUUUUUUUUAAGAAUAUUCAGGCAGUCGACAAAAGUCACAGAAAAGCUGACAAAGUCAACAGCCCACUAAGGGCCCAUCCGCAGCGAGGCCAGGAGCCCAUGAGGCCCAGAAACCCAUUGAUCAGGGCCCAUCAAGGCCCACUACUAAUGUACAAGGCGGUCGCUGGUGGCUCCGUCCGUCUCCGAGCUUGGGCUCUCUCUCUCUCUCUCUCUCUCUCUCUCUCUGUCUCUCCCCCCGUCUUCGUCUCCGCCUCCGUCCGCCGAGGCCUCGUUCCCUUCCCCGACCGCCGCGCCCGCCCACCGCGCUCCGCUGCUGCUGGACCGGCGCCGAGGGGAGAUCCAUCGGGACACGGGAUUGAAUUCCUCUGGUGCGGAUUCCUUCGCUUCGUCGAUCGAUCUCGGCUGCUGCUGGUAGGUUAGGACAGGAGGAUGAAGCGCAAGCGUGUCCGCAAACCAGGCAAGAAGACUGCUCCGGUGAUCGCCGUGGCGGAGGCCUCCUCGUCGGAGUCACCGUCCAGUCCAAGCACCGAAGCAGCAAACAGCCCGGCACAGCAGGCAGAGGAUGAUGCGCCUGUUACCUCUGCAGUAGUAGCAGUGCCUGAACCACCACCGCCGCCUCCUCCGGAUCCACCUCAGAAGCCCAGCGCUGCCGCACCAGUUAAUCCUGCCGAUAUACCAUACGCCAAGCCUAAAGUGGGAGCUGUGUACGGCCGUGUGAAAUUGAAGUUUAAAUCUUCGAAAGUGGUAGAGCCACCACUGCAGCAGAGUUCUUCGGAAGUGCAACCACCUGCUGCCGAUGCUGGCAAAUCUGGAAGCGCUGCUGUCCCUGAAGUAAUCAAAGAAGAAUUUGCUGCGGAGAAGACUACUGUAUUAACGGAUGGGCAGCAAACAGACGGGAAAGCAUCGGAGUUGAGUGGUUCUGAUAAGGAAAAGGGGGCGAGGAAAGUAGGAGGCAUCAAAAUCAAGUCUGCGGGAUUAUCUUCUGUAGAAAAUAAGACCCCAGAUAGGAAAGCUGAUUCCAUAGAUGAGCCUCCUCCGAGCAAGCAGGAAACUAUCUCGGAAAACAAAGAAAUUGAGGACACAUUGGAGCCAAGGAGCUCUCAGGAGUUGGAGGAAAAGCAAUCUACUCCAGAACGUCAGCGUGAUGAGAAAGAUCUGGCUGCUGCACUUGAAGCUAUCAAGAAAGUCAUGAAGAUGGACGCUGCUGAACCGUUCAACACCCCGGUGGACCCUGUUGCAUUAGGAAUACCUGAUUAUUUUGAUAUCAUCAACACUCCUAUGGAUUUUGGCACAAUAUGUCAAGAUUUAGAACGUGGUAACAAGUAUAUGAACUCAGAGGAUGUCUAUAAGGACGUUCAAUUUAUAUGGGAUAACUGUACCAAGUACAACAGUAAAGGUGAUUACAUAAUCGAGCUUAUGAAACGGGUGAAGAAGGCCUUCAUGAAAAAUUGGUUGGCAGCAAGUUUGUAUACUGAUGCACCAGAGAGUGGUGGCAAUGACAACACUGGCGAUGAGGAUGCCAAAGGACACUCAAAAAGCAAGUCUAAGAACAAACGGCGACGCCCAGGGAAUGAUCGCCACAAAAAUGACUGUGUAUGUGCUGUUUGUCAAGUUACACGACGUAAGAAGGAAAGGGAUGAAAUAUUGGCUGUCGUAGAUAAUGAAACUGCUAUCAUGAAUAGUAACACUUCUGACCAGAACAACAUGGAGGGAAACUCUGGCGCUAAUAAUCCUGGUAGUCAUGAUACAUCCUCUAGUCAGGAGCAACCACCAAAAACUGGUGUGUACAAAGAGACAGCAGAAGCAAAUGAUUCAGAUAUUCAGAUGGAAUAUCUUGGAAAAUUUUCCAGUGGCCAGCUGUCUAGUUUGCCACAUCCUGACUAUGAAGACGAGGGCUCCAGACAAUACUUUGAGGAAAAAGAACGGGUUGAGUAUAGAGAUAUGAACAAUCAGGAAGAACAUACUCCCACUCAGCCUAAUGAUUACUCUGAAGUCGAAGUCGAGCGUCACCACCACAAGGCACAGAUAGAUAGCAGCCAAGAGGUUGAAAUGGAGGACUAUCCCAUUCAGCAGGAGAACCCCUCAUUCUUGCAACUGUGUGCGCGCCUUUUCCCCAGAGACCAGAGUUCCAUUUUCAGGGGGCGCCAUUCUUUGUUCCGUCGACGACGCCAAGUUUUAUUCAAGGAAAGCCCCCUACAUGCCGCGAUGACAGCGAUAAUGAAACGGUAGGAAUUUUGCAGUUUGGCUACUUGGCAGUGGUUUCGUGCAAGAGAAGCUCCAGGCAGCGUUCUGACUUUAGCAAAGCUGUACGCUGAAGACAUGGAAGCUGGUUGGAACAAAGCUGAUUAGUGUAGAAAAUUUUCUUUGAGCUCAGGAUCUGGUAUAAUGUAGGUGUGUGACAUUAGUUGAGGGAUGCCUAUCUACGCGACAUGGAUUUCAGAAUUCUCUUGGUGUACACUUCAUUUUUGUAUCAGGCCUCUUGUGACAACCACAUGUUGUUUCCUUGCUUGCCGCCCUGGCAUAGGGUUGGCCUGAACUGAAACCCCUAUAAUAAUUGGAUGAUCUGAAGAAGGAUUUGUUUA